GGAGACGGGAGGAGAUGAGACUUUCCAUCUCACUUUGAGGCAAACAAGGUUGUGAGUGUGUCACAGUCAAUCAAAGCAACCUUCGAGUUUACAGUCAGGUAGGAUUUAGGGUGUAGGACGUAGAACCAGGUAGUAACCCCCGAAACCCUAUCGGCCCGAAAGUCCACGAUUGACAAGUAAAAACCCUUUUUUUUGUUUGGAGAAAAAGUUGUGACUGGCGCCCCUGCAGGAGAUUUUACAGGAUCGAUGGUGGAAUACAUUAUCUCGAUGAAUGUACUACAUGAAAGAUGGAAUGUUUGGAAGGAACCUUGUAGACCAUCCCAAUGUAUUCCGAGGAAGAGAUCUUGAUGGACAUCAAUGUCCAGUGUAUAGUGCAAGCUAAGUCACAAUCGGAGCAAUUGAACCAUCUGAUCAGUUUCAAAAGUAGAAUACAUACCGUGUUCUCCGAGGAACAAAAACGAGCUACUGUCGUCGUGCUGCUCCGGAGAAUCGUUGUUGUCGGUGAAGAAAGCGAAGCAGCUUUUUUCAAUUGCUUGGUUGCCUGUGGACCGAUCCUUGCCUUACAAGUGGCGGAAGAAAUUUUGAGGCAGAUUCCUUCACAUGCUGUGCCCUCUGCACUAGUCGUCGAUUCCUGCUUGAAAGUCAUACACCGCUUCCUUCUGACGGAAUACCAUAGAGAGAGCUUUUUGUUCGAUCUUCAAUUUUAUACUUCGAAAAAGGCUGAAGCUCGAGUAGCGUAUCUCGAUGGUUUUGUGAGUCGGAUUAUUCUACUUCCUGGUCUGAUGGCCAAUGCUUGCCAUACUUGUAGAAUGGACCUCCCAAAGUGGGCCACUCCAGAGACAUACGUACGAUGCAUCAUUGAACACGCGUGUCUAUAUCGGUUUGUCGACAUUCCUGGAACUGAAGUUGGCAAGUUCUACCUUCAGUUCUUAGUGAAUUUCGUUGCAAGCAGACAAGGUGGAGGGGCUAUUGCUGCCGGCUUGAAGUGCUUUUACACACGGCAACUCCUUCACACGCACUUGGACUAUUCACUGAUACCUCGGCUGAAAACAAUGAUAGCCACAGACGUUCUUUGCACGAUGCGCCCACAGGAAUGUGCUGAACUUCUUUUCUGUAUUGUUCAAGCCGAGGUUCGUGAGGCGUAUCAAGCAAAGCUUGUUCUUUACCAGUAUUCCGGUGUCAGCGAUUUUCUAGAAUCCAUGUGUGUGCCCAUCCUCCAAUCAUCCAAGGUUGUUCGCGACUCUUUCGUCAGGCUUACGAUUCUACAAUAUCAACCGCCGGCAACUGCUAUUGUACUCGACUUGAACAUGGUUCGUUCGAUGCUGACAAUGUUGCUCGAACCCAAAACGGAGGAACAGCGCAACAAAAGUGAAACGAUCUCAUCAUUUGCUGCUCUUUUAGAGUCGGUGGCUUCUGCUUGGUCACAAUCUACGUUUGUAGACCGUCUCAGUAUUGUGAGACAGCAAAGAAUUUCAUAUUUUAUAUGGAAUGCUCUUUUGCUGCUACCUGGGCCUGUCGAUCCACUUUCAAAUUUGACGGCAACUCUAUUGGAUGGCGUCACUCUGAGACUAUCAUGUACCACCCCGCAAAUAAGACUUAGCGGCAUGCGCGUUGCAGUGGAGUUGGCAAAAAAGCUAGGGGAAGAACUUCACUUUGAGGAAUUAGACAAUGUUGGAGACAUAUCUUCCGAAUUGGGGGUGGAAAUGUUGAACGAAGCCGAAGAGAUCUUCCCCAAAGAUGGUCACGCUGGAGAACAAAGCCGCCUACAAAUCCCGAAGACACUGAUAGAUCCCGAUGCCGAGUACUUUAGCGACGACAGUGAAUCUGGGGAGAAUGUUGGGAAAAGCCAUAAAGAGGACGAUGACUCGGACUGGAAUGAUCUUGAUGACCAUCAUUUUUACUCUCUCGAUGACAGCGAGGAUGACUUGGCUGGUGUGACUUCUCCGCGGUACUUAACAGAAUGUUUGGAACUUUUGCGUACGCCAGAGAGCGACUCUUUAGCAUAUCACAAGCACAAAACUGCGCUGCUGAGCCUACCAGACUUGGUUCGCUCACGUCCAAUUGAUCUUGUCGAUGUCGGCGAGUCACUAGCACGGGAAUUGCUGCAGAUGGAAAAUAAGUUUUCUCUGGACAAUUUUGAGACCUCAGUUUCAGUGUCUGUUGUUGCACUACUCGUCAUGGAUCCCUGCAGUAUCGGAAGUGCGGUUGUUCACGAAGUAUUCUUGGACAGAGCCUUCGCCAAUAGACAAUGUGCUCUCCAUGUGUUGUCUGACGCAGCUUACGAAUUGAGCGGAUAUCAAGCAAUGGAAAAUACGAUUGAUAAACACCGCAGGGCAAUAAUUGAGAGAACAAAGCAGGGACGGUCUUUGACUGGAGGGGACGGAAUAGAUGGCGCCCCAAAGACGGUCGCUCGAGCAGACAGGACUCGACGGUGGGGUGGAGCACGCCGAUCCGAUGACUCUCGCGCCAUAUCUAAUCGUUUCGGGCGAAUCGCUCCCGUAUGGUUCUAUAGACUGUUGCAGGGAUUCUGUCAGCUGCAAAAUGAUGCAUCACUUUGGGGCGGAAGAAUAGGUUCCAUGCUGCUUACGGAGCUGUUCUUGACUCUAGCCAAUAUAGUUGAAUGCUGUGGAGUGCAACCUUGCGGCGAUGUUCUAGCGAAAGAUCUCUUUCAGCUUGUGUGGAGCUUUCGAAAUGCGGAUGUUCUUGAAGUGCGUCGGGUCGUUUUAUUAUGUGCCGCUGUUUCGUUUUGUCAAGUGCGACAACAAAAUCAGCCAAAGCUGAUAGCAGAUGUCACGCAGGGAACCCUAUACACCACUUUGCGUGACCUGGAGUUGAACGAUCCUGAUACGGAAUGUAGAGAUCUGGCUGGUUUUACUCUGUACAAAAUUAAGGAAGCGGUUCAAGCCUCUUUAGCUUCGGACUUUUUAUUGUAA